AUUCCCACAUUCCUCUCUCCCCAUUCCAUGGUUCUGCUCUCCUGUCAUCUCCAUUCUUGAUCUCAUCCGUCAAAAGUUCGGCAUUCCGAUCGUUUCUGCUGGCUCGCGUGGAUGCUGCGAUAAGCUUCAUUCCAUCGCGAUCAUGGGCAGAUCGUUCGCUUCGCUCUUUUCUAGCCGUCCUGCUGCCCAGGGCUUCGCUGGCCCUACCGACCGUCCUUUGAUCCCGAAUGGUGUGCCGGAGACUAGCUGGGCCAGAGGAGGGUCGAUAAAGUCCAAGUCGAGUCGCCCGUUGAUUAAUUUGAACGCACCUACCAACUCUGCGUACCCUAAUGUUCCUCGUGCGAGAUCCCAAUGGGCACCUAUGAGCCCCAAGACGAAGGGCUGGGUGUUGAAUGGGCGUCGUAUUCAACUGGGUUUGCGCGUGCUGGCUCUUCUUGGCGCGAUUGGGGCUCUGUUUUGUGCUAUUAUUAUUACGAACCUCCCAGCAAGUAUUGUCUGGAUCAUCCGUGUCGGGCCUGCGGUAGCAAUCCUUCACACCCUCUACGGUAUCUACCACCUAUCCCGCUCGCCCAUCGGAAAGCCACCUGGAACUCAGGCCAAUUACAACGUGUUCGCCUCAACGAUCGACCUCGGUCUCGUGCCGUUCUAUGUUUUCGGGGCAUACAUCUCGUACAUCGAGUAUGCCAAUGUCGCAUACAAUUGGGGAACUUUGUUGGGCAACACCAAUGGCAUACCGCACCUAAUUGCCAACGUCAACUUCAUCAUUAGUGUUGCCAGCGGGGCGUUGCACACCGUCUCGUUUGGGAUUUCCAUGUUUCUGGCUGUCGUCUUCCGUCGGAUUACGCGACUUCCACCGGACAUGAACCCCUUGGAGGAUAACCUGACUGCCCGACCUCAUAAGCGAACCAAGUCUGAGAUCGCCGAAAAGCAUCUCAGCCAGUCGACUGUGGAUUCGGGCAUUGGAAUGGAUGAUCCGCUCAUUGGCUCUCCUCGUAAUAUGCCAUUCUCGAUGCACAACCGACACCCAUCUUCUGGCAAUGGCUUAAAUGAGUUCAUCUUCAAUACAAACUACAACCGACUGUCACAAGGGCCUUUUGUGCACCCGGACGAGUUGCCAUAUGCUGACCCUACUCUUAAGCCUUUGCAAUUCCAAACAAGGCCCCAGCAAGGCAAUGUCAUUCCCAGGAAACCGGUGCAAAUCUCCCAGAUGCCAACGCAGGACAUUGACAACCUCUCGAACCGACCGACCCCGCCUAUGCAUCUCAAUGUUCCUAACCAGGGCCCUUACCCGGCUAGCAUCUCGGAUAGAUCGAAAACCGUGAGUCCCAUGUCGGACAACUGGAUCGCGUACCCGUCACGCUCCCCAUCACCGUUGGACAACCUCCAGGGACUCCAGCCAGAGAACACGAAGAACGAAAACAUGGCUCGUCGUGACAUAUCAUCUAUGUACAGUCGUUCCAACACCACGGCCUCCACCGAUAGUGCCCCCAACUGGGUUAGCGCUCAGGGGUAUGGAUGGAACAUUGAUGAGGCUAUCAGGGAAGACGUUCAUGGAGAGUAUGAAUCACUCGCCAUGCAUGAGCACUACGGCAAUGAUGACGAAUAUUUGGAUGAUUACCCCCAAGAAAAUGGAUUGUACGACGACGUUGAACGGGACUUGGGAGAUGAGCCAAUUAACAUCUACCCCAAUGACCACCUGAGUGAUGAGGACGAUGACAUGAAGGACGAAGUCGAGGAUCCAGCUACUUCACAGCUGCUCAAUCCGUUGGCAUUGAACCCACCCACCCCGCUGACCUCUCGCAAUGAUCUACACGACGACACCACGUCUAAACCUCUCAACGGCCGCCACGCUCUCACCGACGUUCCUAACCUGUCACCAGCAGCCAUCCUACGCUCCGACUCCCCUCCUCCAAUCGAAAGCCCCGAAAAGAAGACCGGCCGCUACUACGGCGAACUGGAAAGCAACCCGAGCGUCUCCGUCCGGGGUGACCGCGAUGUUAGUGAGCAGAACGCACCGUUGAGGAAGAAGAGCAAGCUUCAAAAGAAAAACAGCAAGUCCAGGAAAAUGAAGUCCUACAACACAAUCCGUCAAGACGACCACGUUAGCGACGACGAAAUCGACAACGAAGGGACUCCCGCUAUUCCCAAGGGCACGGACGAAAACGAUCGCAAGGGCCGUGUGGUCAGUAACUCCGGCGCAGACAUCUCUGCCCCCCGCAGUAACCCAGGAGCUCCUUCGGCUGGCCUGGCGUCGUAUGGGAACUACAUCGCCGGACUGGGCAUCGGAGUCGGACGUCGUCGCGAUGUCAGCGGAAAAAUGGCUGAGGAAGGUAGAAGUGGCACGAUGGUUAAUGCUGGACGGCCGGGAACUGAGCCCGAGCAUAAGAAACCAAUUCGUGCGGCUGGUUGGGCAAAGUUUGCUGGACUGUGAUGAUUGAUUUUUAUUCCCCUCUUGUUAUGUUAAUUUGGAUAUUUUUUUUUACCCUUCUUACUUAUGAUGGAACAUGUAGCGAUGAUUUCUUUUUGUUUUAGAUACUCCCCAUCUUGUUUGUUUGUGUAGAAUAAUAGCUUGGGUAAU